AAACUGGAACAGAUUCUUGAGUAGUGCACAGGUUUGUGGCUUUCCAUAUGUUGUUCCACUGAAAGUAUUCGCUCCGGUUUUGGAUUGAUUAAUGGCGGAACUAUAAAUUCGUAUUUCCAGCUCUUCUGCUAGUUCUUUCUUGUCACGUCGUUAGCUCAUAAACCCGCCGAUCGGCCACUCACAAUAGUGCCGCCGACGUCAGAGCAUGCGCCAAAAAAGGAUGUCCAUGCUUGGACUAUGCGACGCACACUAAACAGAUUCAAGCGCGGCUGGAACAGGUGGAACUUCCUCUGCUGCGACAGCUGUCCUAGGUAUAAAAGCGCCUCGCUUGGCUGCCAAAUGCAGCAGUCGUCGGCUUCAGCUUCCUAGACACACACACACACAUUCACCCAAUUCACCAAGAGCCCUUCAACGCUAUGGCCAAGUUUCAAGUUCUGAUUGUGAUCGCCGCCUGCCUUUUGGCCAGCAGCGAGUGCCAGGUGCAGCGUGCGCGCUCCUCGCAGCGUUUGAGCCGUGGACGUUCCCGUUACUUUGCACGCCAGGAGCUGGCGCCAGCGGAUGCGGAUGCCGCCGUCACGCCAUAUCCUUCAGCCGACGAACUGAAGCCGGAGGUGCCAUUCGAUGAGGCAGCCGCCCCAGCUGCUGUGGAUCCCACACCGGAUGCUGUCUAUGGACCACCCGAUGCGGCGCCUGCGCCCAACAAUGUGCCCGAUGAGGUCUACGGACCGCCCGAUGUCACUGGCAACGAUUUGCCCGCCGCCGAUGUGCCCGCUGAGCAAGCGCGUCUAGUGGCUGCCAGACGCGCGGCCAACCUGCGACGUGCCCAGCCUUUGGCCUAUCGUCGUGUGGCAUCCGCAGCGGCACGCCCCGCCAAGCUGAGCGCUGUCCGCCCUCCAGUGAGACGCUUCUAG